GACAUUGUUGAUGUGCCAGUUGCUUGCUAGGGUUUUGUUUUGUCUACAAUCUCUCAAAUAAAACCCAUUCCCUUAUUUAACCUUUUCUUUUUCUUCUCUCAUAUCUCUUACCGUAUAUAAAUGUUGUUGCUGCUACAAUGUUGUGGUUGCUGAUCUUGCUUCUCUCUCAUUAACUCACCUCCAGCAAUUGCCACCAUCAACUCAACAACCAUUACAAACAAUCAACCGCAGCUAGCUGUGGUGUGGUGUGGUGUGGUGUGGUGGUGUUUGAUGUGGAACCCUAAUCAACCGGAUGCAACUUCCCACGAAGAAGAUGAUUCAUGGGAGGUGAGAGCCUUUGCUGAAGACACUGGAAACAUCAUGGGCACCACUUGGCCACCGCGCUCCUACACUUGCACAUUUUGCAGGAGGGAAUUCCGGUCAGCUCAGGCUCUUGGUGGCCACAUGAACGUGCACCGCCGCGACAGGGCUCGCCUCCACCAAUCUCAGCCCAAUUCGAAAAACCUGUAUAAUAUCUCUUCUUCUAAUUCUUCUUCUUCUUCUACUCUCUUGAUCCCAACUCAAGAGCUUGUUGGAAAUGGUGGUCUUUGCCUUCUUUACUCUUUACCUACCUCUAAUGCCCUUUUCAGCCCUUUGAAAACUUUCACUGAUAACCCCUCCAGUUUUCUCUCCAUUGCCCCCCACCCCACAACUGCUAAUUUGAUGAAUUUUCCAGCAGCUGUGCCUCCUCAUAACAUCCAAUCUUCUCCAUCGAAUUCUAGCAACACUGAAGCAUCCAUGUCCACCAAUAACCAUAACAAUCGAGUUACCUUGACCACUUCAGAAGUUGCAGAGAUAGAUCUAGAGCUGCGACUAGGCCGCAGUCGCAGUUCUUCAUCGCCUUCUUGAGUAACUAAACAAACACAUACAUGGUGUGUUCUUUUUGUGUGUUUCUUAUCAUGUUUUUUUGUUUUAGAGCAAAAGAGUGGCCUGCAAACACCGAUCCUUUUUACCCUUUGCAAAUCUUCACAAAGGUUUGAUUUUUUGGUUUGUUUUUGUGUGAUUAAGAACAAAAAAGGUGUUGUAAAUCAAAAGAAAUAGAGGGGUUAAUGUAGCUGAAUAAUGGUGGGAUGAUUUCGAGAAGAAGAGAGGAAGUGACAGUAAAGAACACGGCAGUGGAGUGUCGUUUUCCAGUCCAGGUAAACCUAUCCGUAGCUAUGGGUGUUGUUCAUACCACAUAUAUAUCACAAGUGCAUUUAUAC